AUGUUUGAAACCGAUGAUAAGCGAAUUUAAGUUCAGUAAAGAUUGGAGUAAUUUGUUUAGGAGUAAUAUUUCAAUGAAACUGAAUACACUUUCUUUGUUGAUUUUCUGAAAAAUAUGGUUGGUAAUAUAGAUGAAAAGAAGGCUGAUGUUGCAAGACAACAUAUAUAAUGGAAGAUAGAUGAUGACUACUCUUAUUAUGUUCACAAAUAUCAAGCGAAAUGUAAAGGAAUUAUACCUGGUUUAAGAGCAAUUCCAAUUUGGGAUAAAAAUGAAUUUAAGUGGAUCGAAACUCUUGAACAAAACUAUAACAUUCUAAAAGAUGAACUUUUAAAAAUGGUAGCUUUGGGGAAGUUCGUACCAAAUAAAGUGGGUGCUUAAGAAGGAGAUUUCAAUAAAGCUGAAGAUGGUAUUGGAUAAAAAUUUCAUGAAAAGGGGAAAUGGAAUAUCUUCUUCAUAUUUGAUAGUACUGGAGUGUUUUAGGAAAAUGAGUAAUAUGUUCCUAAAUCAGUUUAACUUAUAUCUAAAUUAGUACCAAAUCAUAGAUCAUGGGCUCUAUUUAGUGCAAUGUCUCCAGGAGGCUAUAUUAAACCUCACAAUGGAGAUGAAACCAAAAGGCUUAGACUAAUCUUACCUUUAAUAGGGAUAGAUGGUUCUUCUAUGAGAGUUGGAGAUGAGUUUAUAUAUUUUAAAGAGGGAAAUGCCAUAGUAUUUGAUGAUUCGUUUGAGCAUGAAGCUUGGCAUAACGGCUCUGAGACAAGAGUACAUUUAUUAAUGGAUUUAUGGCAUCCAGAUUUCUCUGAAGAAGAGAUUUAAUUUUUCUCAAUGUUGGAUGAAUCGAUUAGACGACAUUAUGAGAGUGAAAUAUGGAAACAUGAUCCUGUAGCUAACAGCAAAAAGGUUUAUGCAAUCAUGAAAGAAAAAAAAGCUGAUGAUGGCUGGUGGGUAACAAAUAACUAAUCUUAAUUUAAUUAAUCAUGCUUUUGA